AUGGCAGUGUGGUGGCAGAACCAGGUGAGGUGAGCGUAGCUGUAUCUCUUGCUAAAGCAGCAAAGUUCUUUAUAAUGUGUCCCCAGAUACAGUUGCUCCAACUGCUGGGCAAUGUAUUAUAAAGGCAACUUUUCUUUCUUAACAAUUCUUCAGCAGCUACAUUCAUAACUUGAGGAAAAUAAACGUGUUUCAUGGCUCAUGUAUGCCACAGCCAUUUACUUAAGCAGGGCCUCCGAAACUAAUUGACAUUAAAGCUUCUAGACCGAGGGGGGAACGGGAAGAGAAAUCUAAGCAUACUUCUUCUCUUCACUCCCUGAUACUCCUGGCGGACCUGGGAGUCAUCUUGUUGAGGAAGUGAGUGGAACCAGCUUUUGAUGACGACUGCCGUCUAGUCAGAGAGCUACAAAACCAGCAAUGCUGAGAAUAGUGAUGGGGGUGACCUCCAUUUUCAUUUUUAUUAAGAGUACCUCUUCUGUGGGUUGACCUGACUGAGGGCACUUCUUGGUGAGCGGACGGAGGACCAGGGAGGGGUGUGUGCAGUUCCAACCUGGGCGAGAAGCAGAGUGCUCUCUGGAGCAGUACAUCUGUGUGACUGAUGGCUUUAUUUAUACUACGCUGUCAGUGAACGGCUUCGUUUUCUCCUUGGUGUUCCUGCAAUACAAUUUGUGGCAUGGAAGUGGACUGAAUGGUCAUCGUGGUGGCUGGUGACUGGGUGGGAGAUAUUGGAGUAAAUGAUGUGCUUGGUGUGCGAGUUCAGUGGGAUGGCUGAUAUUGAAUGAGUAGACAUUAUAUAAUUUGUAUAGAUGUAAUGGCAGAAUUUGGGUGUGGGGUGCUUGUGCUAGAGGGGUAUGUGCAUUUUGUGAGUCAGGAUAUGCCUUGGCAAGAAGGAAGGAAUCCCUGGCUCUAAAUACAUUUCAAAAUGAACUGCUAUGUUUUUUGGGGGGGCGUUGUAUUGCUUUACUGCUUUUCAUUGUAGUUCUGUUUAAUAUUGCAUGGCAUUGUUUGCAGUUUUUUGGUUCCAUUGUUGGUUAUCUAUUUAUUUUGUACUGUACUGCAUUUAUUGUUCUGCAAACUACUUAAAUACUGUCUGAAGUCUGUUAAACAUAGGUUGAGGUCUGUUGUCUGUUAAAUAUAGGUUGGGUCCCAAACACUGAAUCUUUAUAAUGCCUUAGCAUCUGAGCUUUCAAGUCAAGGAUUAGAGGCACAGGUUCCAGGUUGCAAGGUGUGGUAGGGAUGGGGACCUCAUGCUGUUGAGCUCCAACUCUCAUAAGCCCUAGGCAGCAUGGUCAUCUUAGGGAUACAGUGGUACCUUGGGUUAAGAACUUAAUUCGUUCUGGAGGUCCGUUCUUAACCUGAAACUGUUCUUAACCUGAGGUACCACUUUAGCUACAGAGGCCUCUCGCUGCCGCCGCGCCACCGGAGCACGAUUUCUGUUCUCAUCCUGAAGCAAAGUUCUUAACCCGAGGUACUAUUUCUGGGUUAGCGGAGUCUGUAACCUGAAGCAUCUGUAACUUGAAGCGUCUGUAACCCGAGAUAUCACUGUAAUAGGAACUGUAGUUCAUCAUCCUCUGGGGAAGUCAUAGGUUUCCCAUUGCUAAAUGGCUUUCAGGCACACCCAGGGCUUUUUUUCAACUGGAACUCGCUGGAACUCAGUUCCGGCACCUCUCAGGUGGGCACCUUUGCUAUUAUAAGAGAACAAGGGAGGUGUUCAUGUUGAGGUCCGACACCUCUUUUUCUAGAAAAAUAUCACUGGCAUGCUUCAGCCAUCCAUCACCGACCAUAUUACAAAAUAAGCAAUCCGUUACAUUACAGAUCUAUGCCCAUGCCUGCUGUCAAAACAGAGCUUUUUCAGCUGGUCUGCCUAGGCAUCAGCUGCAAGUGAAAGAACAGUGGGACAGUCAACGUUGCAAAGAAAUGCAAGGUUUUAAGGUACUUCUCUCAGGAUGUGAAAAAGAGACUCCCAAGGCUAAAAGAGACUCCCAAGGCUUAGGUCUGAAUGCGGGUGGCGUUUGUGGUUUAAACCACAGAGCCUAGGACUUGCCGUUCAGAAGGUGGGCAGUUUGAAUUCCCGCGACGGGGUGAGCUCCCGUUGCUCGGUCCCUGCUCCUGCCAACCUAGCAGUUCGAAAGCACGUCAAAGUGCAAGUGGAUAAAUAGGUACCGCUCCGGCGGGAAGGUAAACGGCAUUUCCGUGCGCUGCUCUGGUGCGCCAGAAGUGGUUUAGUCAUGCUGGCCACAUGACCCGGAAGCUGUACACCGGCUCCCUCAGCCAAUAAAGCGAGAUGAGCGCCGCAACCCCAGAGUCGUCCACGACUAGACCUAAUGGUCAGGGGUCCCUUUACCUUUACCUAUAUUAAGAUAUGAAUUCAGGGCUGCACAUGUCACAUAUUUGGUCUUCCUACAACCUAGGUAAGUAACUAAGUAAUUAAUUAAUUAGAGAACACACAUUUUAAAGCACAUUUCCACCCCAAAUGAAUCCUGGGAACUGUAGUUUACCACUCACAGAGAUACAAUUACUAGCACUCUUAACAAACAAGUUCUUUGGAGGGGGCUCAGAAUGUUCUUUAAAUGCAUGUCGUGUACCCAGUCUACGGACUAUGGGCAAGACAAAUCUUUCUGCCAGAGCUGCAAUUCUAUGCCUAGCAAGGCACGCUUCAGGCCGUGCACUGGGUAUCAAGAGUCCUAUUUAAAAUGUGUAUCAGCCUUUUGAUCGCAAUCCUCCAUUUCCAUGCUUAGAAAUAUAGCACUCAUUUAGUGCAGUCCAGCAUGCUAGCUUUUGAAAAGAAACUCAAAUUGGUGGAAUUUUAUUGCCUCUAGUGAAUGAAAGAAUUUCAGCCUGCAGUAAAUCAGCUAAUUGUUCUGACAGCUACUUGAUCGUCUUAAAUUAAUAAUGAAUAAAACAUAUGAAUAUUUUAAAAGCAUGGCGCUGAAAAUGUGCAACACAUAAACAUAUAUUCAUAAUAAGGGUAAGUACAAAACUCUUGGUUCUAAAAAAUAAUGGUGCUAUUGAAGAAAAACUGAUUAUUAGAUAUUUCACAUACACUGAAGAGGCUCAGGUCUUUUCCGCACCUUUCUUCUGCUCCUUCCAGGUCUGUGCCCAAGCACCCCCAAUUCUUAUUUUUAUUUUUUGCUCUGGAGUUUUCCCUGCAAAAACCCGCUCUUGAAAGCUCAGUCAGAGCAAACGUCGAGUUGUGGAAAACCCGGAUUGAUGUUUGCUCUGAUUCAGCUUUGAAUAACAGAUUUCAGUAGGGAAAGGGGAGGGGGGGAGGAAAGGGCUCCAACAAGGAGCAUUAAAGCACAAACCUCUGCAUGGAGAGGGUGGGGGGAAAGUUAAAUGUGGAUAAGGCCUCCUUCUCAAAUCACCUGUUGGGUAGAUUUGUUCCCUGCUAGUGGCCUAAUUGAUGCUACAUUGAACAAUUGUUUUGCAGUGGAACUUAGUAGUAUAAAGCUCAGUAUUCAAGAUACAAGGAAGACUUAUGAAAUAAAAUAAUACCUACAGUCCUAUCACAUUUCAGGCGACACUGCCCUUCUCUAGGGGAACUGUUACUUAACCUAUGUAGUUACAAGAGAAAUACAAAGCUUGGCACCACUUCUUAACAACAACCCCCUUUGAAUUACUCCCUCAAAUAAGGGGUAUAUAGCCCCAAAUAUGUUGGGAAUACCUUUUUUUUUUUUUUUUUUACAUCUAUAUACACAUUGAGUAACCUACUAUGGUUCGCUGAGAUCUACCCUUCUGGGAUAGCUCCAUCAGCAGAUCAUAAGACUCUUCAUCUCAGGUUUGUGGGUUCGAGCCCCACGUUGAGCAAAAGAUUCUUGCACAGUGGACUAGGUGACUCCUGAGGCCCCUUUCAGCUCUACAAUUCUAUGAUUCCACAAUUCUACUACUUUCUUAAAAAAUGAAUGAAUGAAUGAAACUGCACAACUAGUGGGCUUAAGGGAAAAGUCAGGAAAAUUCCCCUCCCCAAACAUUGUGAGGUUGACGCUAAAAUGGCAUGCCUCUGGCCCUAUGUGUUCAACUGCAGCUUUAUCUGCAUUAUUAGCCUCUGGGCAAUACUCAGUGUUGUGCUAUGGAAGUUUGAUCUGGUGGCUUUUGAAAGUUAAGUUGCCGUUAACACAAAAGCAGUCCUGCUAGUCUUCUUCCCAGAGUGGUGUUCAACGAAGGUAUAGUCACCGAAAUUACUGGACUAAAGUUGGUCACAUUCAUUAAUUCCAGUGGGUCUACUCUGAGUAAAACUUAGUUGACUACCACUCUUGAUCAGUUGGGAAUGUACUUCUAAAAAUAUUAUAAUAGAAGAGUUUGCUCCCACCUCAUAUGAGACACAUUUUCAUCUCUGUUUUAAGAAAAAAAAACCUUUUCAAUGGGUUUGACACAUUAUUAUAUUUUAAGCUGUCUUAUCCCUAAAGGACCAGGGCCGAUUUAAAGCAUCAAACAUAUUUCCCUUGGUGUAUUGCAAUUAGGCUGCCGGAAGACAGCACACAGAAUCUUUGGAAUAUUUUAGAAUGUUCAUCGCUGGACAGGAAAAGGAAACAGGGAACAGUUCUCCCUGGUACAUCUGUUUCAUUCCACAGGCAUGGGAACAAACCCAGGCUGCAGACUGUGGUUAAGGAGGAGAGAGCUGAAAUAAGAUGCUGGGUUCAAAUGACACUUGGCUUAGGUGUCGCACCAUGCUGAGCUAAAAAGGACCAGCAAGAAGCAAAGCAGCUACAAUUUUCUCUUUGGAAGUCUGUGCAUUUGCCAUGGUAUGUCUUAGUGUUAUAUGCAAAUGUGGUCAUUGUGACAAGGACCCAGGUUGUGUGUAGGGUGGGGAGCAUGGUUUAUUUAAUAAGCAUUAAUUUAAUAAGGAUUUCACCCUGAAUUGGGAACUGGCAUGUUUGUUCUAGAGCCCACAAAUCCCCUCAUUAGCACUGGGCUUCCUCUACACACAGGAAUGUUGCAGAAACUCUUGCCCAACAUUUUUUUUUAGCUAUCCUAUUUUUGGCAACCAGCAGGGCAGGCAGAUUUCAGGCUUGUAGGAUCUACUGUGGUUUUUACUAAACCCUGGAAGUCCACCAACUGCAACCAGGUGCAAAAUAGUGGGUGGGGUGGGAUGACACACACUUAAAGGUACAGGAUGCUUCUGACUGCAGGCUUAACCCAUGAAUUUGUUUUCAGAACCUGAACUCCACAAAAAAGUCCAUGCCUGGUUUUGUCUCCAAAGCUUGCUUUAUUUCAGCAGUCAAGGGAAUUGGUUUUUGCUGCAUUGUUAAACAAUUGAGAGUAAGAAACUCUUGCCACAAAUUGUCCCCUGAUCUGCUUGUAGACCUUGAUCCAUUUAUUGCUCACCAACAUUAAAUAGCAUGAUAGCAAAUCAAGUUGAUUUUACAUUUAGAAAAAAGUAGGAAACAGAACAGGAUAUCCAGGGCCCAAGACCUGAGGUGCCAAAGACCUGGGGCUCAGUCUCCUGGGCCAUCUCAUAACAAUGCCUAUGAAGGCGAGCACGGCUAGAAUGCUGAAAGCACCUAUUUUUUAAUUAGACCAGGAGGAGCAGGGCAGUCAUACCUACAGGCAUGGGCAUAGCCAGGGGGGCAGCUGCUCCCCCUAAAUCAAGUAAAUCAAUAAAAAUGCAGCGGACACUCAGGUUGUGAACGUGGUCUGUGCAGGAGGCAUGUUCACAACCUGCAGCGUUCACAACCCGCAACGCCGUGUCUGCACACACGCAGGUUGCGAUUCGGCACUUCUGCGCAUGCGCAAAGCGCGAUUUAGUGCAUCUGCUCAUGCGUGACCGCUGAAACCCAGAACCCAUUCCGGUACUUCCGGGUUUCGGCACGUCUGUAACCCGAAAAACGCAACCUGAAGCGUCUGUAACCUGAGGUAUGACUGUACUCAGCUGAGGUUCUGUCCGCCCCAACAUAAAACCUGCCCCCCAACAUAAAUCCUGACUACAGUCAUGCUUACAGGGUCUAUUUUAUCAUUAAAACCUCUUUUUUUUUAUUUAUUGAUUGACUGAUCCACCAACCAGAGGCAGGUGCAAAGGUGGCCAGUGGUGGAGGCACGAGUUGUGAUUUAGGGCUGUGUACAUAUGCAUGGCUUAAAAUGCAGCCAAGCUAUUUCCUCCCUGCUGUGUUUGAUGUUGCAUUCAUAAGUUGCUGCACACACCAAAGAGGGGGCAGAGAUGUCCUCACCAGAUGUGCAUUACUCCAUUUGCCACCUUUCACCUACAACACUCCUCUGCCCCAAACUCCAAUGAAGCAGCCAUCUGUGCAUGUGCAACAGUUGUCUCAGAUGCACCUGGCUUAGCUUUUCAAAUCAGAUGCAAGACGGCUUGAGAAAAAGCUCAUCCAAAAAAGGAGGCUUUUGCAAUAUUAUAGAUUUAAUCCAGGCCGGCCCAAAACAUUUGGGUGCCUGAGGUGAACCACAAAAUGGCACCCCACGCCUUGCUGCCAUUGGAGGGAUAAGUGAAGAUGUACAUCAGGAAGCGCGUGGGGGGGGGCGGGUCUGCUUCCCCUGUGGAUCCUGCCACCUGAAGCGGUUGCCUCAACUUCCUUCCUGGAAGGGACUGGAGCUGGGUAUGAUACAAACGGAAUUGGGACCGGGAGAGAAGCAAGCAUAGGAACAGAUGCUCCACUGGCUGAUGGGCGGGGCCAGGUUCCUAGUCUUGUGUUUUUCCUGGGAGGUGGUAUGUGCAGCCUCCCAGCCGCAGCUGCAUCAGGGCAUCCAAGCGUGCGCCUCCUUCCAGAUUCAACAGGGUUCUUGACUGACGCGCUCAUCUCAAGAGGCGGCUCAGGGAGAAGCAAGCAAGGAAAAAUGCGUCAAGAAACAGAAUUCGCAGCUGCCCCGUCCCCCACCUCCCGCUUAGAGACCACCUGGGAACAAGAGGCCAAACACGCCCGCGGAUCUGCCUAGCGGACCUUGCUCACAGCGACUCCCCACCUAGCCUCACGUGACAGCCUCCAGGCGUCGCGCGGCAGUCAAUCAGGGGCCAGCUUUGCGCUUCUUUCCCCAGCCAAUGAGGCGGCCGCGCUACGCAAGGCGGGGAGAACACCUACUGCGGCCAAUCAGAGCGGCGCUGGCCUGAACCGCGGGGCGGGGCAGGGAAGGCGCCACGCCCCUCCUACUCUCUCUCUCUCCCCCGUCCCGGAGCUCCUCCUCUUUUCUCAGGGGGAGGGGUUGCUUUUGGCGGUUUGGCUCCGCCUGGGCAGCCCAACCCGACGGGCACCGAGCGGCGCGGCGCGGCGAAUGAAUAAGGGGCUGCGGAGCUGUCGCGGCGGCCCCCGGAGCGGAAGGGGCGCCGUUGGGCGCUGAGGUAACGAGGAGGUCUGUCGCCGGAGAUUCGGGUGGGAUUCUUCUCCCUCCCUCCGCGCUUUCGCUUUUGCCCUGAGGGGAGAGAGGCUGGUGCUGGGCGCGCGGCGGGCAGAUGGGGUUGCGCUGCUCGGCGGACGGACUUGGCGGCGGGGCGGGGCUCGGGUGAGAGAGAGAGAGAGAGAGAGAAGUGAGCUGCUCCCUUGACUGACGGACGGAGCGUCCCCCUGGCGCGUGAGCGGGCGGCGGUUGGGACGGUUGGGAGCAGGUGAACAGAGCUCAACCGCCGCCUCCCUCCCUCCCUCCCUCCCUCCCACAGGCGUGUUUGUACUCGGAAGUCGGAAAGCAACAACCACAGCGUGCCGUGUUCCGCGGGUGCUUACCAACCCCUAGUAAAAGUCCGCGCGCGGUUGUCGCUUUCCCCCGAAGGUGAGGGACCUGCUGGUCGUGGGAAUGCCGUGCAGGGAGAGAGAGACGCGUGUUGUUUCCUAUCUUACGCUUCUCCUUCCUCGUGGCAGAAGAAGCUGUCUCUCGAGUCCGCGGGGGGGGGGGUUAAGGGCGCUGGGUGUGGAAGCGCCACCCCCCCGCCCCACUUCUUGCAUCCUCCUGGCGAAGGUGUGCGGAGCUGCCAGGUGGGGAGGCGGUUAUGUAAAGGGAGCCUCUGAGUCUGCCUCAGAAACAGGGAUCUUUUGCGGGAGCAGUAGGAGAGCGCCUGCUUUGCAUGCAUAAGGUCCCUGCUUCAAUCCUUGGCAUCUCCAGGUCUGGUCCCCUGUUUGGAAGGCCAAUGCUGGGACUUGGUUCCUGUGUUGCAAUGCCCUGUUCAUCAUCGCUUUGGGACAGUUUUAUGGGAAGUGAUUCACAAGUGAAAUAAGUACCCUCAGCGUCCUCCCCUCUUGCUUGCUCCAGCUUGGGGUUUUGUGUAGAGUUGGAGUAAGGUUUCUGGAUUUAACUGGAGUGGAGUUACAUUCCUGAUUGUACUAUGGACCCAACAGAUACUCUUUGUGAAAUGAAAGGUAUUGGCAGGUCAAAUUUGCUUUACAAUCCUUGUUAUCUAAUUCUAGGGGUGUAGGGUGAGGCAGUGACUGCUCACUGGAAUGGUGGGUGUUUCUUUCCACACGUGAGGGAAAAGCAUUCAUGCUCAAAUCUGCUUUACAUUCCUUGUUACACUUGCCAAGCAAGAUAGGCCAGUAUUACAAAUAAUUUUAUUUGCAUGCUGCCUUUCCACAGUUCAAACCAUGUUCAAGACGGCUUACAACAUGAAAAAAGUAACAUAACGAAAGUAGUCACAAACAAUAAAUAAAGCAUUUUUAAAAUACCAUUAUCUUCAUAUCACAGAUGGGAAGGGGAUUUUGGCAGCUGAAAGAUAUAAUUUGAACUGAACGGUCUACUAGCUGGGGCGCUUUCUGGAGUUUCGUUUCUGCUCCUAACCACUGCAGUAUACACUGAACCUGGGUCAUGGCUCAGUGGUAGAGGACAUGCCUUGCACCCAGAAGCUCGCAGGUAUGAUCCCUGGCCUCUCCAGGCUGGAUUGGGAGAGGCCCUAUCUGAAACCCUGGAUAGCUGCUGCCAGUCUGUAGACUGAACUCAGGUUCAUAUUGUGGUGUGUUGGGCAGCCCUUGGAAGUUAGCAAUGGAAUAUUAGCAGAUUGAGAUGUACAACAUGGUCAUCUUCAAAAGGAGUUCAGUAUAUGGUUAAGAAGUGAUUGAUUCUGACAGAUCAGAGUGAGCCAUGAUUUCUGAGAGCAUGGGACUUCUUCCACUGUUAAGUUGAGAUUGCAUCUUUGAAUUCCCGAAUAACUUCUUGAGUUGCCGUAUUUAGUUGAUCAAACAGCUUUUUAAAUUGUUUGAAAGACUUUGAUCAACAAGGAGCAGGUUUAAAAAUAAUAAUUCAUGUCUUACUCACAUAAGUACAACUCCAUGUGUGUUGGAGACUUCUAUCACCCUGAGGGAUAGCUUUUUUAUAUUUGGUGCCUGGUUUGAUAGUUACCUGCAUGAUGUAAAAAAUGAUAGUAUGCCUCUUUUUUCAGAACUAGUGUUGUUGUCUAAUCUACAUAAAUUUGUAUGAAUCAAUUAAUAUACAAGUGUGAUUUUUAAGGUUUCUUUAAUUGAAUUUUUCAAGCAUCAUCAGGAAUAUUAUUUAAAAAAACAAACAAAAAAAACUUCCACAGGGAAGGUUUUAAUUUAAUUUUAAACUGCCCUGCCCCAUUUUGUUCACAACUGAAGAAUUUUUAAAUGUUAAAAUCAAAUUGAAAAUAGCAUGUGGUGUGGUAGUGCAAAAACAUAACUAAAUAGUAGUACAGUAGCUGUAUAUUUCUUUGUUAAACCUAGGCCAAAAUUUCUGGAAAGUCUGACAACUUCAUAAGUCAUAAGACUUGUGAGAGGCAUACUUUUGUGACUAAAUUACUGUGUGGUGUUAUGCUAUGUAUCUAAUCCCAUGAGUCUAAUAUAGGCCAUCACAUCUGAGAGGUGUACUCAGAAGUUUAUUUAAAGAACUUUCCAGUGAAUUAACCUAUGAAGAAUAUUCAGGUUUUAUUAAGAUCUGCUGAACGGGUUGUGGCAAAAUUAUAAAUUACUAUUUAUAAAUGACUAGGUUUCUCUUGAAUAAAAUACAUUAACUUGAUUCAGGUUGCAGGUGACAGAAUCAAACUUUUUGAUAUAUUGUAAUAUAGCAGUUUCAAUCUAGAGUCUCAGUUUGACCUUAAAAUGAGCAUUCUUGAACCAAGGAACUUCAGAGCAAGACUCCAGUGUGAAAUGGUUGAAUCACAAUUUUCUGAGAAAUUUAAUUCUAGCACAUGUGGGCACUUUGGUGCUGCUAACUGAGCGAUUUGACGUUACCCCCCCAGAAGCACACUCCAUUGUCUUUCAAGACAGAAAGAUGCAAACAACAUCAACUGUUCCUUGUAAAUGGUCUCUGUAAUUAAUUAGGUUUAAGAUUCUAAAUAAUCACAGUUUGCAUCUUCUAUAUUUCAGUCCUUUGUUUUCACUACUUACUUACACACACACCACACCUAACUGAGAAUAAAACUUCAUGCAUAUGAUAAAGUGAACUCUUGUCCAUGAAUGCAAUUUGUGGCUUGGUAUCAUGUUCAAAUGUGGUUAAUGUAAUGCCAUCUUCAAUGUCUGAUAAUUUAGACUGGAUUCAAUCAAGUGUAUUAAGCACAGGAAGAAAGAUAGUUACAUUACUUUUGAAUGUAAUACAUUGUAUUUUUCUUUAAGCGUGCAAGUUUUAUUUCCAUAGCAAUACAUUAUAUGCAUUGUGUUAUUGUACCCACUUAAUUACUCAAUAUUAGGGUGGAUUAGUGAAACAAUGGUUUAAAAAACGAAGGGAGAGAAGACCAAUUGAGAAUACUUCAUAUUUUUAGUAUUUUUGAAAAGAACAAGAUUGCUAAUGUUAGAUAACUGGAUGCUCAAAAUUAUUUCAAGUAGUGUUAGGAUUAUAGUGCAAUAAUUGCUUUUUUAUGGUUACCCAGAUGGCUCAGUGGAUGACAUCUGUGUUGAUUUGCCAGCCCCUUGUCCACAAUAUCAAGAUGUAAUAUAUAAGUACAGUAUUUAGACUGUUGUGUUGAUGUUUGUUACACAGAUACUUAUAAAAAAGAGGGCCUUUCUUAAAGAGGGCUGUAGGUUUAAUUCUAAGGUACUAUCCUUGCAUUAAGAGCAGAUGUCAUUUACAGCUGGUUAUUUAUUUUAAAGAAGAAAUAUUCUAUUAAGCCUUGAAAUAUCAGGUUUUUUAAAUUGCUUUUUUAUUCACUCUGUUCCAUAUUAAUUAAAGGAUUUGGUUGCUUAUGAUUAAGUUACAAAGCAGGAUAACUGGCCUCCGCUUGAGCUAAUAUGGUAGUUAAUAUAUCAGGCGUCAGGUUGUAGACUCUUGCUCUUCUUACAAAGUGUGUGUACUUCAUGUACAGAUGUUGCCUUUAUUAAAUUUGACUAGGUUACGUUGUACUUUAUAUUGAUUGUGUAAUAGCUAUUAAUCAGCUCUUUGUCAUAUUCAUUUUUAUCUCUUCAAGUGAUUUUCUGUUAGCCUGUUAACACCACCACCUCAUAUUGCAUUUUGGCAUUCACCCAUGAGCACUUCUUAACCUCAUGCCCCAGCAUUUUUUUUUCUGGCCAAGUGUGAGAAAAGGCCCUGUUAGCAUAGCAUACUGUUGGUAAGUAUUAUCACUCACCCUUCUUGCUCCAUCCAAACUAAAUAGUACACUUGUACUAAGCAACCCCAAUAUAGUCAAUGUAACAUUGACUAUGGAUCUUGCCAGUUAUCUGCAAGCUGCAAUAUAUUUGUUUCCCUUUUCUGUUUAUACAGUGGUACCUCGGGUUGCAUACACUUCAGGUUACAGACUCCGCUAACCCAGAAAUAGUACCUCGGGUUAAGAACUUUGCUUCAGGGUGAGAACAGAAAUCAUGCUCUGGCUGCACGGCAGCAGUAGAAGGCCCCAUUAGCUAAAGUGGUGCUUCAGGUUAAGAACAAUUUCAGGUUAAGAACGGACCUCCGGAACGAAUUAAGUUCUUAACCUGAGGUACCACUGUAUAUGACUUGCACUAUGGGGUAGGAUUUUUAUAGUUCUAAUCUUUGUGUUGAGGAUCUUUUGAUUACAGUUACUAGCUCAACAUCUCCAUUUGAUUCAGAACAUUUUAUAUUAAGAUGGGCAUGCAUAGCUAAAACUUUAUCGAUUUGGCGUGAAUGGGGAUGUUCAAGACGCAUCAUCCACACAGCUAUUCAAUUUUGAAUUGUAUGUAUCUAUGCAGCAUUGAAGAGCUAGAUUCUGAUAAUUCAGGAAGAGUAUUUUAGAUGGAGAGAGGAAGUUAAUGGGAAAUUGCAUUUGCUGGUUGGUAUUCCCUUGAGUAAAGUAAGUGGUCUGUGCUGUGAAAUAAUACCUGGGUACUUUAAAGAAACAAGCUGCCCAACAUCACCAUCUGCACUGCUGCUUUCCUAUGCAUGAACUGUGACCUCCUUCAUAUAAUCUGCUUCCCAGCUGUCUUUCUGUUGAAAGUGGACUUUUACAGGUUGGUGGCGGGGUCUGAACACCAAGAGAGGAAUUGAGGUCACCUGUCUCCAUUGCAAUCCAGGGUGGGAUGGGGGGAGUAACAGACAUGGUAAGGGGGACAGAAACCAUGUAGUUCUGGUAAAACUUCUCCUCUAGUGGCUUGUAUAAGCAUUGGGUGAUGGCUGCAUUCUGCUCCAGCAGUGUUUGUGCAUUUCUCAUGACAUAGUUAUUUUCUAUCUACUUAAUAUCACAUAUAUGCUAAUAAUGCAUUUAUUCUCCAAGUGUAGGUUUCUGGAAACUCACGUAACUUUGUAGAAGUUCAAAAACCUUUUACACUUCCUCUUAAGGUCCAGGAAAUUUUGCUGAAUGGAACACUCUAACUUACUUUCCAUUUAUCUCUAAGCUACUGAACAUGCAAUUUACAGCAUUCCAGCAAACAUUUAUAUCCAGUUAUUUCAUCCAGCAGGGACGCGGGUGGCGCUGUGGGUAAAACCUCAGCGCCUAGGACUUGCUGAUCGCAUGGUCGGCGGUUCGAAUCCCCGCGGCGGGGUGAGCUCCCGUCGUUUGGUCCCAGCUCCUGCCCACCUAGCAGUUCGAAAGCACAAUUAAGUGCAAGUAGAUAAAUAGGUACUGCUUUCUAGCGGGAAGGUAAACGGCGUUCCGUGUGCUGCUCUGGUGCCGGUUCGCCGGAGCAGCUUUGUCACGCUGGCCACGUGACCCGGAAGUGUCUGCGGACAGCGCUGGCUCCUGGCCUCUAGAGUGAGAUGAGCGCACAACCCUAGAGUCUGUCAAGACUGGCCCGUACCGGCAGGGGUACCUUUACCUUUACCUAUUUCAUCCAGCAAUAUAGGAAAUGCUGAAACACUGCAACAUUGAAGAUGAGAAAAAAUGUUCAUCCAGUCCUUUUAACUGGUUUGAUGUACAAAUUCCAUUAUCAACCCACUUCUACAGAAAGAGUUGCAUCUAUUUUCAAAUCUGGAUUACCCACUGUUUAGUAGCCCUGACUACUUUAAUUAUUCUUAGGAAUCUCUUCACCUAUUUACUACUACUUCCCCAUUCUGCCUAUCCUGAAGCAGCCCUACUGUUAGCCCAAGGUACAGAAUUUGCUUUGUAUCCACUUCUGGCUAUGCCUCCUUUCCAGGAUGCCUUAUCAGGAGAUGUGAGCCACAAAAAUUGUUGCAUUCGCCUCAGUCAACAUCACUUAAAAUUAAGGGGCAUGACAGAUGGCAGUAGGGACAACAAUGACACCUUACAUAGCUUUACAAUUAGCUUCAUGCCAGAUGGGCUGAAAGUAUUUAGUUUUGAAUGGGAGGGACAACUGAAACAAGAGACAAACACACAUUUUUUCACUUAAAGUGAUGGAAUGGUAAGAGCACUUUGUUGCGGGCCAGUUGGCAGCUUUCCAGGAGCUGUAUUCCGAUCCCUGCCUUCCAGUUAUUGGUCUCUGUUCUAAGUACUUGGUCCUUCUGGCUUCUGGGAAACUCACACUUUUCCACACCUCUGCAUAUGUGCUCUUCUUUACAGAUACUAGUAGAUUGCAGUUACAAAGUACAGCUAUAACCCUUGAAGAUGAACAGAUUAAUACAGGACAUGUAAAUUUAUGUUACAUAAGUAUUUUCACCUGCUAAUAGAUGUUACAUGGGUUAAGGAACUUUUACCACUAAAAUUCACAAAUGAGGUUAAACAUAUUCUAGAUACUUUUCUCUUAUGUGGUAACAGGAAUUUGCUGUGUCUGUUUGCUACUUGGAACAUUUUUUGAUGGAGGGUUAAAGCUUAGUAGUGUGCAUACUGGGUGGUCCUAUUGCUUUAUUAUAUACAUAGUCUGUUCCCUCGGUCAUAGUGUUUUACAUACAAACUCCCUUGACACUAUCAUUCAUUUCAUUGAAGGAAGCAGAUUCUUUUGCACAUCUAGAACUGCUUCAUUUGUUAGCCUGGUUAGGGCAACAGGUGGGUUCUUCAUGUGCGCAUGAUAACAUCUAUUGCUAAGGGGGCAAAGGGAGACUUCUCAACAUUUGAAGGAACUUUGCCAGUAUCCUAAUUUAUUCCUAGAGUGAAGUGGGAGUUUUCUGUCGAUCAUAAAUAUGCAUAUAGUUUGUACUUGGACACAAACUUUUUAAUGUGAGUUUAUACAAGUUUUCUUGUUAGCAGAUUUCUGUGACGUAUUCAUACAAUGCAUGAUUUUCUUUUGCAAUGUCCUUCAAAAGUAGUGUUUCAGGGCAAUUUCACCAACAGGCAUGUAUGUUUUCUUCUCCACUCUCAUCCACACUAGUCCUCCACUCACCCCUACUGCUCAUCCUGCACAUGUGCACAUACUUCUGCAGUUGAAUUAAGAGCACUUGUAGUGCAAUCCUAACUAUGUUUACUCAGAAGUGAGCUCUGAUGAAUUCAGUGGUAGUUACUCCCAGGCAAAUGAGGUUAAGAUUGCAACCUUGAGCUAUAGCCUUUCCCAUCUGCUUGAAAUCAUCUCUCCAUACCCCCCAAACCGCAAGUUUUUUUAGAAAUGUGGGGAUGACUACACAAUGCUAGUUCUUUCCCUCACUGCAGGAUAAGUUGCUUGCAUGCCCUAUGAUGCAGACAUGGCCAUGACUGUCCUGCCAGUCAUGGAGUAACCCUCUACUUUCUUUCCAGCCAUGAAAUGAAAGUUGAAGGGGGAGGCAGGGAUGUUUGCCAUUUAGAACUCACCCACUCACCUCCUUCCCACUUCUGGAUGACAAUUUAUAUGAAUAGAGGGUGUGGUGUGGUGGGGAAGAUAAUCUAAGAAUCAGAAUGGAGACUGAGGAAUCUGGAUAAUCUAGAAGUCCAGAAUACUGACAGACUACACCCACCACAACAUUACAGGACUGGUGGUAAACAAGUGAUGGAACUAAGCACCGAGUUUUAUGAAAAAUAAAAAUGGAUUUCCCCCAAAAUGAAAAUUGUCUGAAAGCACUGUGAAAAAACAAGGAAAGGGGAAGAAAGAUGGACCAAACUAGACAGUAUGGAUGCAAUCAGAUGGUGAUGGGGUUUUUUUUUGUAAAUGACCAUCACAUACACCUUCCUUAUGCAUAUUAGAAUAAUGAUUUGCUGCUUCUGUUGGUGCAUUACUUUUUUUUGCGUAAAGAACUACAGUUAUUCUUUUUAAAAAUAUAAGAAUAAUCAUGUGACUUACUCUAUUCCAGCAAGAGGGAAUGCGCAACAUUUCAAAGUCCUGGUUCUCAAUACUGGCAAAGUAAUUAGAAGCUGGUUUUUCCAGUUGUCUUGAAUGGGAGUGCCCCUCAUGUUACAAGGAAAAGUAAUGACUUGCCAUUAUAAUGUGUUGCAAUAACAAAAGAUAGAGUCCAUAUUUAUGUAACUGUGUUCCAAACAUUGUCCUAAAAUAUCAACAAGGAUUCAAUAUAUACGGUAAUCUUGAAAGGACAGCUUAAGGUCAUGCCAGAGUAAUAAGAUGUUUGAAUUCAAGCAGUCUGCAUGGUGUUGACUACUUAAUAAUAACUAAAAUAAUUAGUAUUUACAUAGUACUGCUGAGUGUUCAGAGUGAUUCACAUGCAUUGCCUUGUAACCCUUACAACUGUAUAAUUAUGCCUGUGGCAUAAUUCUGAUGUCAUGUCAAUUCUUAAUUCUUUUUUCUUUGCAAAGCUUAACAAUGGCUUGGUGUGGCAUCGGAACUGGCAAACCAUGAUUUUUGUCACCCUUGACAGAGUUGAGAAUGCCAAGUAAGAUAGAAAACAAACACAUCUAAGUAUCUUUUGCUAGUUUUCCUCAAAGUAUGCUUUUCAACCUGCUCUCGCUGUUGGUUCCUUGAAUCUGACUGCUUCCAAUGCAAGAUCAAGAGACCAACAAUCCACCCUGUUGAAAGGCAUAUAUUAGGACACAAAAGUAACCAUGACAACAACUGAAAUACAAAUCUCUACCUGUAGACCUUUCAUCUGCUGUGUUUAUCCUGUAGCCCCACUUACCUAGUUUCCAAAUACAUAAUGUUCCAUAUUGAGGACAGCACAUAUUAUGUCUCAUGUAUUUUGUGUGAUCUAGGUAUUUUCCUUGGUGGUCUUGAUGCUUAUUUGAUAAAUGCCCAUCCCAUUCUGGAUUGCAAUGUAAAAUGAGUUCAGCAACUUCACAUAGUUAUCCUUGGGUGUGCAGCAGAUUUGGGAUAGCCAAGGUAUCCUGGAUGUCUUUGAACUUUUGCUGCUUCCUUCCAGAAUUCUUGGGCCUUGAAGGACAAGAAUGCUGAACCAUGGGCAGAUAAUAGAAACACAUGUCUUUUGCCUGAGGAAAACUAUACUUAGGAUAUUCCAGAAUUUUCUGAAGGGAGCAGUUUUUAACCAGUUGCACUGCUAGGUUGCCUUUUACCAACUGUGACUGGUUCUACAGUUGCGAUCACCCCUGGACUGGGAAAGUCUUGCCACAGUAGUUCAUGUGUUGGUUACUUCAAGUGGAUUUCUGAAAGGUGCUCCAUGUGGAGCUUCCCUCACACUUGAUCUGGAAGCUGCAGUUAGUGCAGAAUCCUAGCUAGGAUAAGAUGUGUGAAUUGGGGUUUGCCCCGGUACUUGAUAUGGUUAAUGCAAACUAUGAUUACGUUUGACAUCUGAAUUGAGUUUCUGAUCUAGCUCCAUUCAAUUUAUUGACUUCUGAAACAGCAUGGCUACCUUCUAUUUUGGAAAUUUAAUUCUGUUACUGUUAUAUAUGGGUGCUAGAUAAACAUACAUUGACAUUCACAGUAUGCAUAAUAAAAUACAAAAAUUAUGAAAAUGUAACAUGCUAAUGAAAAACAGGAUUAAUAGGUAGAGCUAACAAAAAAUCAAGUGAUUUUUGUCUUUGCAUCGGUACUGUUUUAGCAGUCAAGGCUACAUUGCUUGAAACAUUUUAAUUUGUGGGAGAUUUCUUCUGUUAUAUAGGAUGCACAGUGAAUUAACAGUACCACCUGUAUUUGACAUGUGAAACCUUGUACAGUGGUGCCCCGCAAGAUGAAAAACUCGCUAGACGAAAGAGUUUUGCGUUUUUUGAGUCGUUCCGCAAGACGAAUUUCCCUAUGGGCUUGCUUCGCACGACGAAACGUCUUGCGAGUUCUUGCGAGUUUGUUUCUUUUUUCUUAAAGCCGCUAAGCCGCUAAGCCAUUAAUAGCCGCUAAUAGCCGCUAAGCUGCUAAUAGCCGUGCUUCGCAAGAUGAAAAAACCGCAAGACGAAGAGACUCGCGGAACGGAUUAAUUUCGUCUUGCGAGGCACCACUGUGCUAUGGAGUGUUGGAUUGGCCCAGUCAAAUGUGAUGUGUGUCUUCUGUGUUGUAGCAUAGUUCAGCUUAUGCUAAUUUUCUCUUGAAUUUGAUAGUAGUUAUGAUCAUGUUCUGUCCUCUCAGUUGCUGUAGUCAAAGAAGUGUAAGUUGAACUGGUGCACAAUGAAAUAACAGGCAGCUCUGUUUAUUCUUAGCUGUAAAAUGCCCCUUACUAGAGAGAAAAGGGUUUAUGCAAGAAACAGCUACAUAGUAUUCUUUUGCCUUGAAUUGUAAAGUUUUGAUACUUUGUAAACUCUAGAAGGCUAUAUCAUGAGGUGGAAAAUUAGUGAAAGCUACAAGCUUUCUUUCUGCUCAACAGAAUUUGGGCAAUAAUUACGUAGAGCCCUCAUCUUACCAAGGCUUGUCAUACUAAAAUUCCUAAAAUGUGAAUGAAUGUUUAGCUACCAAUUUAAAAGUCAAUAUGAUAGUAUUGCAGAAGCAGAAUUAAGCUUUAGCUUGCUACUGGGAGAUGUAUGUUUUACUAAAUGCUUGUUGUUCCUUGUCUGACUGAUAUUUAGAACAGCAUGUAGAGAAUAUUGUAUCUCACUGAUAUUCUGCUUCACGUUGGGAGCUGUAGGAUGGCAAUGAGCAUAACCAUGAUUGGUCUGCUUUAUACAGUAUGGAUAUGGGUUAAGUGUCUUUUGCAACUUGUAUAAGAUUUAUUUUAAUCCUCUCUUAAGUCUCGAACUAUUUCUUCCAAUUUUUGUUGGAAUGAAAAUCUAUGUUCUGAUGCUCUCAUUUUAAAUAGGUUAUUUGUGUUCUUUCAUUUGUGUGGAUUUUAACAGGCUGGAUAACCUGCAUGGUGCCUGCAUGGAUAAUUUGUGGGCUACCUGCAUGAUAUUAAGCAGUCGGGAAGAUACAACAAUUGUUGCUUCAGUUGCUUCUUCAAGCUACUGAAGAAAUCUUUAAUCUAAAAUGAAUGUUCGGAGUUACAAUAGUACUGUAGCCCUGUUGUAAGGAGAAUGUGUAAUUUGCUUGAUACUGGUUGUUACUGAUUUUAUGCUAAUGACUGUAUGAAUCUUGAGAUGGGGAAGUUAUAGGAACCAUUGGUUUGGCUAUUAGGGACCGUAAUUGGAAGGACCUUGUCAGUAUGCUGCACUUGGUAGUCUCUCUCCUCCCCGCUUCCCUGGUAAGGACUUCAUACUGUUUCUCUAGUCAGAAUACUUAGUUUUAGCUUGCUCUAUGAAAUGUUUUCACUUUCUGCUUGGACUCUUAAAGAUAAAUUAUUUUACUUGCUUGAAAUCAGGACGCAAAGUUCCCUUUUCUGAUGUUAUUUCUGAUUGCACUGGGAGCAGUGCAAUGAUAGUAGAAGUAGUCUGUUUAAAUUGAUUAAGAGCUAUAUGGGAUUAUAAUAGUUCCAUCCCAAUCUGACCUCCAUCCUACUCAAGUUGUUUAGUAAUUCAACUGUUGACUGAAAAAUGCUGGAAUGGCUUUUUCCCCCUACAGAGAAUGGAGUGGGUGGUUUGUUUUCUCCACUGUUUUUUCAGCAAGUGUCAACUGAUGACAGAUCCUUGGCAGCCUAGUUUGUCUCUACUCUCAAAUAGCUAUCUGCACAUACAGCAAAGGUUUCUGUUGUAUGCAAAGAAAAAUGGUUGUUCUUCCUGUAUUAGUAUGAGAUCCUGCCUAUAAAAUCUUUCAUCUUUCCCACUACUGCAUUUGUUGCCCACCCAAUCCUGAUCAUGGCUAGAUGCACCCUGCCAGGUUACUAGGCUGCCUCCAUGGUUGUCACCUCUUGUCUCCUAUCCCUUGAAGCAAAUUUUCCCCUUCCCAAAAUCAAUAGUUUACAGGAGAGGGGGGAAGAGAGUUGGCAACUGACUACUAGAUAAUUGAAAUGCGUUGACAAGGACAUGAAAGUUUUGAGAACAUGGACAUAUACUCUUUUUACCCAGCUUUCAACAUAAGGUAUUUGUUUCUUGCCUCUGUCAUUCUAACAAAAGGUCAAAAUGUUUGCAGUGGAACAACAAACUGAAUUCUUACAGCAUGAUUGUAGAUGGCAUGUUGUACAAUGAAAUUUUACAACUUGUUCAGUUGUAAGUUGACAUUGCUAUAUAUUUAUAAAGCAUACAAAAUUAUUUGAGGUUUGUUGGUAGAAUUAUAAGAUUAUCAGCUUUGGUGUUAAUGACAUUUGAAGGCAAGACCUCCAGAUAGCAAAAAGGAAUUUAAUAAUGAAGAUCAGCCAAGUUGUGGUAAACUCUCAGUAACUGGACUCCUGCCAAAUAAAAAGCAGAGAUUAGAAAGUGAAUACGUUAACAGUGCAUAGCCUCUUCACUAUAACCUUUAAGAUGGUCCACCCACAGAGACUUACGGAAUCCAAGGGACUUUGGAAUGCUCUGCAUGAUUUCUCAGGAGCCAGAGCUGGCAAUCCUCUUAAGGCCUUGCUUUCACUAUGGAAUGGCAAUAUGUGUCCGGGAGCUCCAAACUGUGAAACAGGUCUGCUGCCCCUUCUUGUGGUAGGAUGUUUAUGAGGGUAGUGGCUAUCCAGACACUCUGGGGGGAAAUAGAUUGUCUUGUCGUAUUCUGGUCUGGGCUCAGACCUGGUUUUGAAACAGAAUCAGCCUUUAUUGCUCUGAUGAAUGAACACUUUCAGUAGAGGGACAGGGGAGUGUAACCUGCUCUUGAUCUUUCUGUAACUUUCAUUGCUGUUGAUUAUAGUCUCCUCCUGGAGAGUAUUUGUGAGUUGGUUGCACUGUGUGUUUUUUGAGGGGGGUCAGGUUGUGUAGCAGGAUGCCACAAUGCCAUCUAAUACCUAUAUAGAGCUGCUUGGAGCAGUCAUUAGAAGACUGGGGCAUGGUGUCAUCAGUAUGCUAAUGGCACCCAUUUCUAUUUCUCUGUUACAGCAGAAUCAGGAAGCCUUACUGAAUAUGUCCUGCUCUCCUUGUGUCCUUAGUGCUAUUUCCUUGCUCUCCUAUCUUUUAAAGCUCCUUUUUAAUCAGAUCUGUGAGUGCUUUGUGAUACUGACACAUUGCAUAUAAACAGUCCAAGUUUUAUGUGAAGCAAAGCUGAAUCCUGUGACCUGGAUAAAUUAUGCAAACGGAAAAAAAUGCAUAAUUUACUUUGUAAAAAUUACAUAAUGAUGCAAUAUUGCUCAAUUUUGGGUUUGCUUAUCAAGGUUAGAGGAAAAGUAGGAUUGUGGGUACUAAAGCCCCAUGCCCAGUCCCUAGAAAUCAUGUUCAACUGCCCUUUCUGACUUCAGGGAACUCAUUAUGUAUUACACACUCUUAAGCGCUAGAGUUGUAUGUGUAUGCAAAACAGAUUCUCAAGAACUGAAUUAUGUGCCCCAAACCAUAUUCUGUGUUCCCACAUGUAGAAGCUCUUGCCUUGAGUAAUUGGGUCGGUUCCCAUUGAAAUUUAUUUCUAGUAGCAAUUAUUUACAUUUCUGGGAAAUUCUGAGCAUUGACUCUAAGCCUGCUAACAAUAAGUCUGCUAUAAUGCUUCAUGUUCCCUCUGUAUAACCCUGUCCUGAAACAGUUCUGUCGCUAAUACUGCAAAACACUCACUGAACACUAGUAAAUGCCUUCAUAUACUUGUAUAAUGCCUUGUACUCCGUGAUGCUCUUUGUUCCUCAGCAAUCAUGGCUGAAAGGUAACCAUAAAAAUAUUAUUUGUGUUAGUCUGCACACUUAAAAAAUACUAUUUGGCGUAAGGGUGACUCAGUAAACAUUUUGACACUGUUUCAUGUUUUGAUUUCAAAUAUAGGAAGUGCAUUACUGUUAUGAUGGGAGGACUGCAUAAUUGCUUUACUUCUGGUGUACCACAGUUUAAGAAGUGAGAGCCAGGUAGUUCUUGAUUGAGAGAGCAUUUUCUCCACAAACUCAGUGAUGGCCUUUGACAAGCUGCUAUGAUCUUAGACUCAGUUCCCCAUCUGUAAUUUGAGGAUAAUACGGGGCUUUUAAAAGGUUUAAUGAUGGUGUAAUAGUAGCUCCCCCACCAUGUUUAAGUGUUUGGGGAAUAGACUACUGGAUUAUGCAUCCCAAUUCUAUUUUAAUCCUUAUUUGUGAUUCAUUGUCAUGUGUCCUGAUAUAUUAUUACCCAGUGUAUCUGAAGCAGUGUGAAUGCUAAAAGUCUAGCUGUUUUACACCAUAUUGAAGAGAAUGUUGCUCUGGUUGCUCUUGUCUUAUUUACAAGUGAAAAAAGGGUUAUGGUGUAGUGCUACCUAAUGUUGUUCAUUAAGGCUAGAUUAUACCUGAUUUAUGCUCUGAGUGCCUAUGAAUCAUUUCUGAAUGAUCCUGUCUUGUCAAAGCAAAUUGAGGCUACUGUGCAGCUCCAGCAUGACAGUGCUACAUGCUCUGAUUGGAACAUUUCCUCUUAAGCAAUUCCCAGUUUUUACUUGGGAUAUUUGUUAGAUAUUUGUGUCCUGUUCAUGGAAAUAUGUUCAGCUGCAGCGACAGACUGGUUGUGUGUAAAGGGUGGAGUGCAGGAGAAAGCUACCUGACCCACUCCAGGUGAGAGACAGGGAAGCAUUUGCAACAGCUCAGGUAAGAGGUGAGGUGGUUUCUAGCUGGGAUGGUUGUAUCUCUUUAUCACUGUGAUUAGAGGUGGAUUAAGGAAUGCAUAUGUCUGGGCCAGGGGGUUAGGAAUGCCAUUCCUGUGAUGGUAGAUAGGGGGAGGUAUGGAGUUGGAUGAAGGUAUAUGGGUGGAGGACUACUAGUUACAUCAAAGCCCCUGCCCUUCUGCUGCACCCUCAGUAUCUCAGAAUCUGGAGAUGCCAACCAGUCAACUCUCUGGGCUUGUGGCUUUGCUGCUAAAUGCCAGGUCUCUUCAGAAUAAAACACCUAUAUCAUCCUAUCAUCCAUGAUUUGAUUGUGAAUAAGGAGAUUGAUUUGGCAGGUCGCUUACGACGAUACCAUCCUGAACACCCUGAGCACUCUGCAUGGAGCUGCCCUUGAAGGGCUUGGAAACUUCAAUGGGUUCAAAAUGCAUUGGCCAGAUUACUGGCCUGGUUCACUUGAGAAUUUAAAUAGCCCCUGUUCUAUUGGCUGCCUGUGUGUUUCAGAACCCACCCUAUUUCUGUGACUAAUGUGUUUUCAAUACUGCAGUCAGCCUGACUUUCACCAGACUGGGAGGCAUUAAAGUGAGGGAGGCGUCAGUCUAAUGAAGUGGCUGUCUGAAGAGGCUCAACUAGUCCACACAUUAAUGCCCUUUUGAUGUCAGGGAAAACCUCCUUAAAAACUCUUUCUGGCCUUUAAUCUUCUAAUUUUUAAAGAGUCUUUUAAUAUCUUUUAUUAUUUUAGUACUGUCUCUGCUGCUGCCAGUAGUCGGUUGGUUGGUUCACUCUUCAAUGUGAUUUAAGCAUAUUAUAAAAUUUGAGUUGUGAUUACCAUUGUUUGGCUUUUAGUGUCAGUCUGUCAAAUUUAUGUAUUAGACAGUUUUUUGUGUGAAUUUAUGUUAAUGUUAAUUGCAAUAAUAUUAUUGUAUCUUGAAGUUAUUGCUUAACUUGCAUUGCUAGAGAACUUAGAAGCUAAUAAAUGGGCAAAUCCUUAUAUUGUGCUAGACAUCCUGUUUUUAAGUGUCUGACUUUCUUGUGCAGGGUGGGAAAGUAUGCCAUUGCUGGAAUUAGAUUCCUUCAUAUUUUUCCUACACAACGAUCUUUUAAAUUGACCUCCCUGAGUGCUCUUUAUUGGGGUCCUUGUCUCCACAAAGGUAUUAACCUUCUUACAUAUGGACUGGGCACCAUGCUCUGACUUGGACACCAAAUUUCUUUGUCCAUAAGCCAUUUAGAAUGUUAGCGGCUCUGAGAUUGCCACCUUGGAAUCUGGAGAUUUAUCUGUAUAAGAGUUUUAGAUGAUCAUGCCAUUAUUGAACAGUUUCCCCCAGUAUGGGUUUCAUCAUUCCCCCACAAAUUUGCUUAGUACAUUACCUUGAAAUCUUGGACACUUCUUUGAUGCUGGCUUUCAUUUGUGUAAUCUUCAUGACAAGCUGCCUUAAAGUCUGCUGCAAUAUUUGGGGACCAGCUGUUCCAAUGUUUUUCAUCUUCCCACUAUGCUAGGACUUAAAUAUUUGGCUGAGGUAACCAGUCAACUUGCUACAGGCACAGUGGAUCAUGGUGCCAGUCAGAUGUCACCUGUGAUUGUGAGGACUUGCUAUCGGAGACAGGCUUUAGAGAAAUACAGCUUUAUGUGCGAAUGUGUUUAGGGAAUUAUGCUUCUCACAGAGUGUGGGCCCCCUCUUCUGGCCAAAAGAAACUACUGCUAAAAUAGACCACUAGGGCAUGACAUUUACAUUUCUCUCUACAGUACUUCAGUUCUUUGAUAUUUUUAACAGUAUGUGUUAUCCUGUUUUCCAUAUUCAGUCUAGAGCAUGGGGGUGAGCUGAUGGCCUAAUGAAAACAACUCAAAUAAAUGCUCAUCUAAAUUCAAUUAGCCUUUGCAGUAUUGUUAUCAAGUAUCCAGGCUCUGGAGUUUAGGAACACUACUGAGCUCAUUUUAAUGCAGGUUAUCAACAUGUGUGUAUGGGGUAUGUGUGUUGUGAGAUCCUAGUGACUAAACCCUUUAAAGUGGUAUAUCUACACAGAUUAUAUAUUGAAUCUCCAUUGAGAAACAAGGAAUUACACUGCUUAUAGCUUAUAGCGGAUAAGAAAAUUUCUGUGUAUAAUUAUUUGUUUUCUUUAUUCAAAAGCAAGAUAUAAUGUAUAUAUAGGGCUGGGAAUGUCUGUUGCCAGAAAUCCCAGAGAUAUGAUCCCAAACAAUGUAAGCAAUACCAAGAUAGAGGGACCCUUGAACUCUUUCAGUAAAAGGUGUUUAGUGCUUUUGUGGUUCAGGAAUGUGGGGCUCUCCCCCAUUCCUAUUGUCUGCUUAGAAUAUGAUGGUGGCAAGAAAAAAAGUCCCAUUCAUACAAAAUCAGUCUAGAAGAAAAUGUUAAACUACUGGAAUUUCUGCUUCAGGUGACCAGAGUCAAUUUUUAAAUAUUUAUUAAUAACAGUAGGAGUUACAAGUGUAAGCCAAAUUUAAGCAACAUUUUUUUUUUUAAAGAAAGCUUAUAUGCUUUAUUUUAAGAAAGUCUACUAAAUGGGGAGUGGGAGGUUGCAUGCUUGGAUUGCUCCCCUCACCCUCAUAGUACUAUUUUCUCUUAUGAAAUGUAUACUGUGACUAUACAGGAUAUGCAGGAGCUCCAAGUUAAUGUUUGCAUUUCCUGGCUUUUUGUUAUUUCAGCAAAAUGAACAAUGCUGUAUUGAAACCAUUAUGGACUUAGAAAAAUUAUUGUGCUGAAUUAGAUUUUCCUAUUUUAGUAGGAAACUAUAUUAUAAAAAUUUUAUGCUCUCAAAUAGAAAAGGAGCAGAACUAAACACAAAUGGAGCUCUUUGCCUUUCCAUGAGUGUUUAAGCUCCCAGAACGGAAUUGGGUCAGUAGCUUUGUGACCAUGCUUAAUACUUUUGGCUCUGAACCUGUAGACGUAAGGAAAUAUUCUGUUUCUGCAUGAACAGGAUGCUAUUCACCACUUCUCUUGUUGAAUUAAUUCAUGAAAAAGGUUUCAGCUUCAAAUGAGCACUCUUGCUAAAUUGUUAGACCUCAUAUAAUUUUGCUUUCAUAUCAAUUUAAAAGCAUUCAAAGUGCUCUCUGUGAAAUACCGGUAUAUAGAUAUAACAUUUGAAAUGACUGAAUUUAAAUCAAUUUUCUGUUUCAUUCCCUCAAAAUAAAAACCCCCUCAGAAAAUGUAUAAAUUUAACAACGUAAUUUAACAACGUAAAUUUUAAAUGUCCAGUGGUGGAAUUUAAAUACUUAGGUCUCUGGGAUUGUGUUAACAGACUCUGUUAAUCUCUCCGGUAGUACAUAGAGUAAAUUGUAAAAUAUGCAUUGUGCCAAACUGUCCUCGCUUAAAACAUAUUGGAAUUUGGAGGGUUCAAGUGAAAUAGGGGCAGUGUGAGUUUUCCAGAAGUUUUUCCUAUGAAGCCCUAGACUUGAGGUUGAUCUUAUUUAGCAUGUUUAGCUUACUUGUUUUUAGUAAAACAAAACUAAAUACCUUGGCAAGCUUGCCUAAUAUUUAUUUGUAACUGGCACACAUUCAUUCUUAAUGAACUUACAAAACAGAAAAAUUUCCACCCCAUGUCAUUUACUGAAGGGGAAGAAAAGUGUGAAAACAAACAUUUUAGAACUUGAUUUCUGUUUUCACCACUUAGUAAAACAUUAAGUGUUGCAGUUUUAAGUAGAUGUUUGCUUUAGGCUUUUAUCUUUGAUUUGGGAUUUUAGACUUUCUCAAAUAGAAGUAAGAAUCAUGUUUUGUAGCUUUGUUAAGGUGAGGUAAAUAUUGUGUGUCUGUCUUGGAAGUUGGAUCCGCAAAGGUCAAACUUUAUCAAUUUUCUGAUAUGGAAAUAUAAAAGAAUAAAUUCCAUCCUAAUAAAUAAUUGUGACAAUGGGAAAUUAUAAUAAAUGGCUUUUCCAGCUUUGUUUCCCAGGUGCAGUUCAAGUACAGAUUUAUACAUUUUAGAAGUGGGGAAUAGUUUGAAUACCAAAAGCGGGACUUGUUGAUUUUUGCUGCAUCAAAAUCUAGGUGCCCCAGAUGACACAGUUUUGGCUCAGUUGAAAGACCCAUCUAGUUCAGCAUACUAUUCUCAUAGUAGCCAACCAGAUUCCUGUUGGAAGCCCUUAAGCAGGACGUGAGUGCACUAGCAUUCUCCUGUUUGUGAUCCAUAGCAAUUGAUGUUUCAGAGGCAUAGUGUCUGUGGUACUGGAGGUAGUUCACAACAGUUGACAGGAAGAACUGAGAACAAUUAUCUUUUUCCUGCUUGUUUGUAACAUAUAAAUCAGCUGUUGUCUUCAAGCACAGAUGUGUUCUGGAGCAGAUUUUAUAUUUAAUACCAAUUUAAAAUUAGAGGAAAAGCUGACAAAAACUGUUCAUGUUUACUGAUGUGUGUAAAAUUUCCACAUUUCCCAAAGUUGUUCUGUACUUAGAGCAAACUACCGUACUUUUCUGUGUAUACGACUAUUUUUUUUACUCCAAAAUCAUGUUCAAAAUUAGGGGUCGUCUUAUACAUGUGUAGCGCAUUGUGGGGACAUGGGAUUGGUUGCUGCCACGAGUUGGAGAUUGUUAUUGGUGGCUGCGGCAAGGGCUGGUGUUGAUUGGCUGUCUCUGUGGCAAUUGGGCAGGCGCUGUGCACCUUUUUUUCAGUGAUGGGACAGAGGAUAGGUUGCUUUGGCGAUGCACACAAGCGGCAUUGUCAGUCUGGUGGGUGAGCAAUUUUUUGCAUUCCCCCUAAGAAAAGCUCAACAACUCUGCCCCCCAAAAGCUCAACAAUUCUGGGCAAUCCUCCCCCUCAAAAAAAUCUCAACAACUUUGGGGAAUCUCCCCCCUCCUUUUCUUAAUUUUGAGUUCCCCAAAAUAGGGGGCAUGUUCUACACAGAAAAGUGUGGUGAUUCUGAAAUGUCCUAUAACGUACUAGAGUUACAAAAUACAGCAGGGGAAAACAAGAUGAGUCACUUUCAAACAUGCCCUAAAAAGUCUUUUGUGAUUGACAAGAAAAGACUUGCUGUUGUGUAGGAAAGCAGUAUAAACUUCUCAAAGAGAUGUAAUUUUGCACUGAAAUAAUUCAGUGCUGUGAUUACUUUUGUGGUCUUGUAUGUGCUGUGUGAAACAGCUUGCAUGACUGAAGUAAAUAAAUAUCCUGUUCAUAUUCUAAAAUUUCACUAAUGUUCCCAAAACGAUAGUAGCAUAGUUGAUAGAAGGCCUGAGCAUUAGGUUUUGAAGUCAAAUUUCAGCUUAGCUGUGAUUAGUCUCUCAUUGGUGAUAUGGGGAUAAUGUUGACAUACGUAUUGCUAGAGCUGUUGCAAGGAUUUCUGAGAAGACAUAUGAAAUACCUAUGUGAAAAAUAUGUAGGAAGUGUGCUAUAUACAUUGUAAUAUAGAAACUCAUGUGUUGUAGCAAGAGCAGCUGUUGUUUAUUGUAGAGGAAUAAUUGUACUUGGCAUAUUAUAGAUUGGCUUCUUUAAGGUACAUUGUCACUUUCAGAUGUUGCCUUUUCUUAAGCUACCAAACAUGUGUUUUAUUUUUUGAAGAAGGGAAUGAAGGGUCCUUAUUGUGUCAUUAGAUAUUGUGAAUCAAAGCCACUGCACCAUUCCACAUAACCACUAGAUGUCACAAGUAUUACAGGAGCCUGAGAGGUUACUAAGGGCCUGGUGGAAAUUCAACAUGUCACUGAACUUCACAUAUUCCACUGUUUCCACAUGGCAGUUGCCAGAAGAAUCUGAUACAGUGUGAUAUAGAAGCAAGGUACAACUGGAAUAAUGAAAUUUCAAAAAAUGAGCCUUUUUAAAGGGCUGGUUCUAACAGUCCUAUUGGGCAUUGUAAAUGCCUCAGGUGCACUUGAUACUCCUUUUACGUUCCUGGCUUUUGCUUGUGUUUUUAUGGAAAGAUGGAUUGAACUUCAAUUUAAGAAUAUUCGGUAAUCCCUCUCAGGACAUACUAUAACAGCUGGUAUUUCUGUGUUGCAGCAAAUCGAUUCCAUGCAGCAGACAGCAGUACUUAUAGCUGGAUUCUGACACAAAAUUACAAAGCAUUUUGAAACAAAUUUAGCCAAAGCAAACAUCACUGAAAAAAUGUAACUUAAUUUACAAGUUUUGGAGAAAAGAAUCUUGUUUCAUUCCAACAAAAUAUUAAGCUUUUAACUGGUAAAGAUUUCACCAGGUCAUUUAUUUUCACUAAUAUAUACAUAGAGAUUCUGAGGGGAAUAACUUCAUACCACACAACCCUUUAGAAUAAGGGUUUUUGAAAGUUAAUAUCAAGGAAUUUAACCACAAUAAAGAAAAAAUGAGGAAUGGCAUCCUCACUGGUUAAUAUUAAGUGUUUUCUAUAUUUAUUAAGGCUUUGGUCUUUAAACUUAAGUAUCUGCAAUCACAAUUAGUAUUUUACAACCUAGGUGUUUAUUAAUAUAGAUAAUGCACUUUUGCUGUGGAAUAAAAGGUUCAAGGAAUAUACCUAAAAAACUAGUGGAUGAACAAAUAAAGAAUAUUUUUUAAAGACCUGGUUGGCUUCAAUAACUAGUUUGAUUCUGCGAUAGCUUUGUGACUCUCUAGGUUCAGAUCUUAAAAUUUUAUUUUCCAGCUUUGACUUGUGCAUGUUACACUUGCACCAAGACAAACUGAAUUGAUGCUUUGCAAAACUUGUACAGUGUGUCCUUGGCCUGGCAUCAAGUGCCUUAAAAAAAUAAAAAUCUGUGUGUAGAUAUUCUGCCUUCUUCUGUUUUAAGACUGAGUAAAUAGAGUUGUGCCAGAACACAAUAACCGCAAUGCAGUGCAGAGUUAUAUAGGCCCAUAGAUUUAUCCCCAAACAACCCAUUUAUCUAUUGAAUAUUAAUAAUCAAACUCUCUACAAAAAUAUCCUAUGAAACAUUUGAACUUCUGUCUUGGAUAUAACCCAGUUUUCUGUCAAACAAUUUUGUAGGCUGUCAAACAAGCCUGUUAAAAAGCUGAAGUUAAUUAUGUGAAAACAAACAAAUAAAUGGUGCUUUAGAAUCAGCUUCAAAUGAAGUUAUUUCUUGCCAGCAGUAAAUGAUGGGUUUUAAUUAUAGUUCUUUGAUUACUUUUCAGUAAUCUUUUAGCAUGUGAUCAUUUGUAUAUUAAAACAUGUUUGCCUCUAGUUCCAUUAAUAGGAAUGACAAAAAUGACCUGAUUAAAAACUUAAAAUAAAUGUUGUAGUUAUCGUAAGCUAUUAUAGUGGACACAAAAAUACACUUGAAUAUAUCCAUGGAAAAAGCUAAAGUCACUCUAUGUUUAUGACAUUUUUUACAAGUUAAAAUUAACUCUCUUUCCUUCAUCCUCUCCACUUGAGGACACUACUUGUUAUGCCAGUCUUAAUGCAAGGUGUGUUAAUAAUUGUGGCUUAAUAUUCAACAUGAUAAUCCUACAGAGAAGUGGUCAUUCAGCAUGUGGUAGAAGCAAACAAUAAUCCUAAUAACAAAAAUUUCAUUAAGUUAAAAUUUUACAAUUUCAUAUCUGCAUUUCUGGAGUGAGUACUGUCACCAAAUACAUUGGAAUGGUUGAGAGAUCCAUACCAUAGGGAUGACUGUUAGGAUGGUUAUAGAUAUUUGUAUUAGUGGAAAGUACUCAAACUGUAAAAGAAACAAAACAAAAACAACCCCACCAAAACAUUUCUAAUUGGCAAAUGCUGAGUCUCCAGGUUUCUUUCGGAAAUGGGUUUUUAGACAUAUUUUUCUUUAAUAGACUAUAUUGGAAGUUGUUUUUGAAAUGAUGUGGAAUUCGAAAAGCAGUUUUGUAUGCAGGGGGUGAGGAUGUCAGUUGCUCAUAGUAAAAUAAAUAAAUAAAUAAAUAAUCUGCCAGGUUAGCACAAGUCCCUUACAUCAACCCAAGCAACUGUUUGGUUUGUGGCUGUAACUUACACAUAGAUUAGAUUAAAGGAAACCCCAUCUGCAUAGUACAUAUUAUUUUUAAGAUCCUAAAAUAACAUAGUAUGAAGAAAUAGUUUUCAAGUUGCUAAACUAGGUUAGAUAUACGUUGGCAAAUUACAGCAACUUAUAAUUCUAAUGAUUAUUUGUUAUGUUUCUGUUCUUUCCAGGAUUGCUUUGAAAUUGCCUCAGUCUCGUAGAAAACUCAGCUGCAUGUAA